UGGAGUGUAUUCUGGGAGUUGGGCUACCGGUUUAGAUCUUGAAGGUCUAUUUUGGCACUCUAGUUCCCAGUGCUAAUCUGUACGGAAUACUUCGGUCUGGUCGCAGGCGUGUUACUGGGCACCACAGACCGUUCUCUGCUGCUUGAGGUACUUAGUGUAGAAAUGAAUGUAUGCAAUCUGGCUGUUGCAUCAUGUUGUGCACAGCGACAGGUGGACACCAUCACUAGGUGACGAUAAAAAGAUGCAUUAGCUCUAAUGCGUACAGAAGAACCCCGAAAACUUGCAGUGCUGGAUAAGGGUUUGGCAUUUCUCCCUGAGAGAGAGCAUGGAGGCCAUGGCAUUUUGCUCGCAUAUUCAACCGAUUCAAACAAAAAAAAAACGGAACGAUCGAGGGCUGCAGUGCUCUCCCUCUCCUCGUAUUCCUUUCAUGGGGAAGCCGGCGUCCAGCAACUUAGGAAAUGGCUUGAACAAGACGGAAACAGUGACACCCGAGGUCUUUCUCAUAGUCAAUCUGUACCGUACACGCUCCCGGGCAGACCUGUCUGGCUCCACAGUGUGGAAAUACAAAUAUCCGUCGCUCUACAUGGGGCCGGACAGUUGUGUCUUAUUUCAAAGAGUAGUUCAGUUGACUUAAACACCGAUCCGGGCAGUGCAGAUGUGUCUUGAACACAAGGUGUACUUCCGAACGUAGUGAAAACCCCGGCAACAGUGCGUUCAGCAACAAGGGGGCCAAUUACAUGACUCGCUGCAGGCACUGCAAACGAUACUUUGAAAGCGUCGUGCACCGCACUGCGGUUUGCCCUUCACGAGGUGGCUGUAAAGUGUACAGCUGUAAGGGAGGCAAGGACGAGGAACAACUUCUGGAGAUAUGUGGUUUAUGUGGUAGCUGAUAGGGUCACACAGACGGGUGCGUUCGGAGAGGUGUUUACCUUCUAGUUCAACGAGACAGAAUUCACUCUCGUGCUGCUGCCCGGCGCUUCUGUCACUUGUCCCGUUGGAGAGACCUUGGCGCAUGACACCGUCGACUUGCUGCUUUGGAGUUUUGUUUCAGAGCUUUAGGGGUAAUUCCGCGUCUGCGUCCGAGGAGUCAUGUCUUGGGGGGGGCCACCCUGACGGGACUACCGCAACCGUUUUCCGACCGAAGACCUUCCAGGCACUGGGGCUCGCCACGGAUUCUGACAGUGAGCCAGAGGGAAGGGGCGGUUACCAACGACUGACAGAGUCGACUCGGCGAAAGAAGAAAGCGACUGGACGCAUUGCCUCUCUCUUUGGCCGAGGCAGAGGCAAAGGGGAUGAGGAGGCAUCAGGCGAUGAAGGCGCCAGCGGAGGAAAAGAACAGCCACUCGGUCCCCCCUCUGGUAUUCCACGGCGCCGUCGGUUCUGGCAGAAAGAACACGUGGAGCCCGAGGAUGCAGUGGUAAGGGCGUUUCGCAGGUUCUUGAAAUACAGAGUAUUGGAUGUGGAAACCAUAGAGGGAGCUCCCUCACAGUUGGAUCGAUCGUCUUGGACGCCUUCACCGCCGUUCUUUCAGCCAGGAGAGGGGUCGUCGAAAGCCGUCGAGUAUUUCGUCAAACAGCAGACACCAGCGUUAACUGACGAGAUGCAUAAACUAUUGGAAGUUGUCGACCCAGUUAUGCCUCCCGGCAGGCCGCUUCAGAUGUCGAGUCCGUCCUCGAAACGAACCACCCACUUCGAAAGGGGCCCCAUGCUGAGGACAGAUUUCUUUGCACUGACAGUUGACCACCAGCCUUUCAAUAUGAGGAUAUUCCCGUUGCCUGGCGGAUUCGAAGGGGAACAGAAGGUGGAACAAUACAAAAAAGUUAUGCUAAAUGAACAGAAGGUUUUAAGCAUAUUUGGUGUUGCGGAUGGUAAGAAAGUCAGCAAUGCCUAUCACUGUUAUCUUCCAGUCGAAGAAGUCUUUUUUGGAAAGGGACAGCAGGUGAUCUCACUUGGUCCAAGCUUAAAAAUGCCCAGUGUUGUUUUUCUGUACCCGAGCGCAAGCGCGACGCUCGGUCAAGUCGCUGAGGCGAUAAAACUAGCAGCUCAACAGCAGGGAACUGCACUUGUCGCUCAGGCUGCCCAGCUGCACAUUACACUGCAACUCAUCAAGUUGGUCGCGAUCACCACCUCAAAAGGGAUCCUGCUAAGAAGGCUCUCACUUGAAAAUUUCCUUUUGAGGGGGGAUGGGGUGGUUUUUUUGAGUGGCUUUUCUGAACUCGUAAACGAAAAGGAAAUUUUUUACGAAACAGAGGAUGGGACCCUUGUUACACAGCCACCGACGCGGACUUCCCGCGGAAGACGUUUCACCCCUGCAGACAACAGCUGUGAUUUAGGACUUGUCAUCUUUAGUUUGUGGUGCAACGGUUCGCCUCCUGAGAGAGAGCCAAGUGGAUGGGUCAACCUGGAUUUCUCGAGUUGCGAGUCAGAGGUGCCGGUGCUUGUCCAGCAAAUAAUUUGCGGGUUGUGCAGGGCCCACGGCUACCCUCCUCAGAACGCUUUCCAAACCCUUGGGAGUCACGAGUUUAAACAACUGAGGCAAUUGUACCGAGACGUGGAACAACGUGCUGAGGUACAUUUAUUAGUGGAAUGACAUCAUUAGCUCAGGACUGUUGGUUCAUUGACCCCCCGUGAGGCGCGUUGGUGUAGUCGCGAAACAUGUCGCGGAUGGUCAGAGAAUGACUGUGAACGGCAAAAACGCAUUUGUACCUCUGUGAACGCGGGUUUUGCUCGGUCUGGGGUUGUUUGUCCUUCGCCUCAGAUACUGCCUUGACUGCACACGAUGUGCAGUAGUUCUAUUCAUGCAGGUGGACAGCAAAGUGAUUCGACACACCACGCACUUGCCAAGUAACUCCCUGGUUCGUACCACCGGUUUUGAGUGUGACUGCUGCAACGGCCGAGUGUAUCUUUUUUUUCGACGACUCAUCGUUUCGUUCGGCAAUGCUUGUGGUUCAUUCCGCACCGGCGACUUAGUAGCCUGCAUAGAGAGAGGUUUAGUACCAUGUUGAUUGUCACUUACAAUCAUAAACCGUUAAGGCAGUGAGUUAGGAUGUCUGUAUCAUGAAUUGAAUUAACCAUUCCAAAACUCUAAAUUGUUGAUAAGGACUCGUCGUACGUCGUUGACCA